ACAACUAAAGAAAAAAAAACACAAAAAGGACAUUAAACAAAUAAAGAUAAGGACAAGAAAAGAAUAUAAGCAGCAUAGUAGUAGCAGUCAGACAUUAUAUAAAUCGUUUCGUAGAAUCAAUAUAAAGGUAUACAUACUUGAAAAGCUCUACGUUUUGGGAGGCAAGACUCUUGACCCAGAAACCCUGUUAAAUGAAACAGGUACUGCCGACAUGGUCGUCGGAAAGAUUGCCAGCAAGUCAAACAAAGUCGUUCCUCAAAAGUUGUCAUCUAAGAAUGACGAUGCUGUUGAAAUUACAACAGUGGCAGAGAUCAUUGCAGACGACAAUACCACAGAGGACGACAGACUUGUUGCAGAAUACGUGACAGGCAUCAUAAACAAGGCAGCCGACAGUCUGAGACAGGAGUUGCAUAGUAACACAACGACUGUAACUGUGAGGCCAGCAGACGACAACGUAUCAUUGUCCUCCAGUAUCAUCAGCCAAAUUGCUGAUAUGGCUGUCACGGAGAGCCUGUCAAAUAUUGUGACAGCUGCCAACAUCAACCAGUCUGCUAUUAGAAAGGCUAAAACUAUCAAAGAAUUCAAGGAAGCAUUCGGCAUUACCGGAAGUGACGUCACUGAUGACGGUCUUCCACCUGUAAGCGUGUAAGAGUACAAGAAGAAGAAAGAAACUGCGUGCAUGUGUGUGCUUGUGUGUGUGUGUGUUAUUUUUGUGUGUGUAUUUGUUUUGUUGUGUCUUUGUUUUGUUUGUUUCUGUCUUUGUUUUGUUUGUUUUUGUCUUUGCUUUGU